AGGGAAGUGCAAGGAGAGAGAGCGAGAGGAGGGGAUGAGCUUCAAAGUUCGAGGCUUCCUCUCAUUGCAGGGAAUUUCCCCCCCAUCUUCUUUGAAGGAAGGGAAGAGGAGAGACGGGAGAUUGCAAUAAAAGCAGCCUCUGGGAAAAAGCUUUGCAAUUGCAGCUUGCUUCCCCUCCCCUUUCUUUGCAAAAAAAGGGGGGAGGAAAAAAUAAAAGAAAGCAGCAAGCUCGUCUUCUGCUAUUCCCUUCUCUCCUCCCUCUAAAUCCUGACUCUUUCCUUUUCACCUUCUCUCUAUCUCUCCCCCCCCCCCAACAACCCUUCACACUCCUCCUCUUCUUCUUUCCUAUUUAUUUAUUUUUUUUGCCUCCCCCCCCAACCCCCAAUGCCAGCCAUGAUAGAGAAGGGCCCGGAGAUCUCAGGCAAAAGAAGGGGCAGGAACAAUAAUGCCAGCAGCCAGGCGAGCGGCGCUGCUUCUCAGGGCGCCUCUGGCUCCGUCGCAGCCGGCAGCGCCAACAAUGGGAAUAAUAGUAAAAGUUUGGCAUCGGCGGCAUCGGCGGCGGCGCCCAAUGGCAAUGGCAGCAGCGCCGCCAACUCUUGGGAAGAGGGCAGCUCGGGGUCUUCCAGCGAUGAGGAGCAUGGAGGCGGCGGCAUGAGAGUGGGACCCCAAUACCAAGCCGUCGUUCCCGACUUCGACCCUGCUAAACUUGCAAAGCGGUCCCAGGAGAGAGAAAAUCUUGGUAUGCUGGUCUGGUCGCCCAACCAGAAUAUUUCUGAAGCAAAGUUGGAUGAAUACAUCGCUAUUGCAAAAGAAAAGCACGGCUACAACAUGGAGCAGGCCCUGGGGAUGCUAUUUUGGCACAAGCACAACAUUGAGAAGUCUCUGGCUGACCUGCCCAACUUCACCCCCUUCCCAGAUGAAUGGACGGUUGAAGACAAAGUCUUGUUUGAGCAGGCUUUCAGUUUCCACGGAAAAACAUUUCACCGGAUUCAGCAAAUGCUUCCUGACAAAUCGAUAGCAAGCCUGGUGAAGUUCUACUACUCCUGGAAAAAGACGAGAACCAAAACGAGUGUCAUGGAUCGUCAUGCUCGGAAGCAGAAAAGGGAGAGGGAAGAAAGCGAGGAUGAAAUAGAAGAAGCAAAUGGAACUAACCCUAUCGAUAUUGAGGUUGAACAAAACAAGGAGAACAAAAAAGAGAUUUCUACUUUGCAGGUUCCUCUGGUGGAAACAGUUCCUCAGGUGAAGAAGGAAAAGCACAGUACCCAGGCAGCUAAGAACAGAGCCAAGAGGAAACCUCCCAAAGGAAUGUUCCUUUCUCAAGAAGAUGUGGAGGCAGUCUCCGCCAACGCGACAGCUGCUACCACCUUGCUGAGGCAACUGGAUAUGGAAUUGGUCUCCAUCAAACGGCAGAUUCAGAAUAUCAAGCAAACAAACAGCGCUCUGAAAGAGAAACUUGAAGGAGGAGUCGAACAAUAUCGGCUGCCGGAGGUUACGCUGAAAUGCAACGCGCGCUGGACCACUGACGAGCAGCUUCUUGCUGUACAAGCCAUCAGGAAAUAUGGUCGAGAUUUUCAGGCAAUCUCUGAUGUGAUUGGAAACAAGUCUGUGGUGCAGGUGAAGAACUUUUUUGUAAAUUACCGGCGGCGUUUUAACAUAGACGAAGUCCUACAGGAGUGGGAAGCAGAGCAUGGCAAAGAAGAGACGAACGGAACUAGUACGCAGAAACCCGUAAAGUCACCAGAUAAUACCAUUAAAGUUUCCGAAGAAGAAGAUGAGGCAACUUCUGUUUUGGAUGUCAGAUAUACAUCCGCAUCAUGAGAAACUCAGGUAGCCUAGAACAAUGUUGAUGUUUUGACUACUGUUGGUUAUCCAUGAUAUCAGGUAUUAGCAAAACCUCAAGACAGCCAUCAUAUCUCCGUGGACAAGCAGCUAUUACCAAAAAGAGAGAGAGAAGAAGAAGAAGAAGAAGAGAACAAAUCACGAACCAAGGCAAAAACACUUCUGUUCCUGUGCUACAUUUGCCUUAAUUUUCUCCUCAUUCCUCCAUACUGCCUCCAUUUGCUCUUCUGCAGUUCCUGGGACAAGCUCUCUGCCCUUCAACAACACCCAACUUCAAAGCAUUAGCUUCUCCUUGAGCCAUCUACGUGCCGGCAUGCAAAAAACCUCUUACCAGCCAGCUCUCCUCCCCCUCCUGCUCCUCCCCACGCUCAGAGGUUGACCCCUAAAACCAGGGGUGUUUCUUGCUCCCUAGUAGUAUGUAUUUCUGUACGGCCUUGUGUGGUUUCAGGUUACUUUAUGGUGUAAUCAUUAUUCUUACAGUGACAUUUUAAAAUCUUUUUCUUUUUCUUAAAAAAAAAUUAUAUACAUAUAUAUAUAUAUAUAUAUAUAUAUAUAUAUAUAUAUAUAUAUAUGAAUGAACUCUCCAUCAAAAACAUGUAUUGAGCAUGGGCUAGGAUGGCAUGGUGGCUUCUCUGAAGUCAGGGGACCUGGCAAGUAGGUAGGAUUUCAGGGCUGCAAGCGGUAGACCACCCGCCUCCUAGCACAUGCAGAAGCUGUAUUCUGAUCCUUUUUAUUUUUAAAGAAAACUCCAUUCUUAGUUGUGAUUUCUAUUAUCGUCAUUAUUAUUGUCGUAAUGGACCUUCUUACUUAGUGCAAAAGGGAAUGUGCAGCCUAUAACCUGCUUUGGAACAAUCUGUUGGUCGAUCAAUGUAUAUGCACCCAAACACCCGUGUUCUUUCAUUAUAACCUCCCAGCGAAUGCUGACACAGCUGAGUUCCUUUGACCGUCUUAAGGGGUUCGGGCAAAAGCAGCAGCCUUUGCCAUUCGCUCCGGGGUUCUUCUGCAUCUGUUUGAUACUUCUGUUGUCUUAAGGAAGGGACUUGGCGCCCCACCAAAGUGAACAGAGGCUGCACAGUCUCUGCGCUUGGCAAAUGGCUUGCUUGGCCAUGACAUUGCGAUGCAAAUUAGGAUAGAGAGCUUCAGUCCUUUAAAAUGUGUGUUUGAACAGAGGGGACACACAGACACACACACCCUGUCCCCUUUCUCCCACCCCAAGAGCUCCUUCAAGCUGCUGUCGCUUAGUUCCUUCCAACACGCGGAGCCCAGCUGUGUGGCAAAGGCCGUUGUGGCAAGUUCUACUUUCUAGGAGCUGGGAUGGAGCUGGCUUGAGGAACAGAGGCUUGGAGGUUCCUCCUCCUUAGACUUCUGAACUUGGCAGUAUGGAGGCGGCGUGGGUACCAAAGGAGCCCUUCAGCUGAAAGAUGUAGGAUGUAGCGUUCUUAAAUAUUUUCAUUAGCUGUAAUAACGAUGCAAAAUUAAAUAAUUUUAAUCAGGGAUGUCCAGGGGUUAAUUUAUGUGCGCGUGUUUUUAGUUGACUUCAUUGCCACAGUACCCUUAACGUAGAAAUCAAUUUCAAAUAAAGUUGCAACCUCAA